CGCAGUUCAGCAUGAACUACGCGGGCAUGAGGAUGAUGACCCGCAGCCAGAGCCGGGGACCGGGGUCUGGGCCGCUAGGGAGUGGGGAGGCGGCCGCGCCGAUCCAAAGGGGAGAGGCGUCUGCAGGGACCAAGUGGCAUUAUCUUGCAGAAGGAAGGAAAAGCUACCACCCUGUUAAGCGUCAGCGGAAAGCACAAAGCCUGAAUGUGGCCUACGAGGCCUCAGAUGGUGAGAAAGCAGAGGGGACCAAACCACUCAAGGUGCCAAGCUGGGAGCCUCAAGACUGGCAGCAGCAGCUGGCAAACAUCCGCACCAUGAGGAGUGGGAAGGAUGCACCUGUGGACCAGCUGGGAGUUGAGCACUGCUAUGAUCCCAGAGUGCCCCCAAAGGUGCAGAGAUACCAGGUGCUUCUGUCACUGAUGCUCUCCAGCCAGACCAAAGAUCAGGUGACAGCGGGUGCCAUGAAGCGGCUGCAGGCCCGGGGCCUAACAGUGGACAGCAUCCUGCAGACAGACGACAUCACGCUGGGCAGACUCAUCUACCCUGUGGGCUUCUGGAGGAACAAGGUCAAAUACAUCAAGCAGACCAGUGCCAUCCUGCAGCAGCACUAUGGUGGGGACAUCCCAGCCUCUGUGGCAGAGCUGGUGGCACUGCCAGGUGUUGGGCCCAAAAUGGCACACUUGGCCAUGGCUGUGGCCUGGGGUACUGUGUCAGGCAUCGCAGUGGACACACACGUGCACAGAAUCGCCAACCGACUUGGGUGGACUAAGAAGGCAACCAAGUCCCCAGAGGAGACCCGUGCCGCCCUGGAGGAGUGGCUGCCCAGGGACCUGUGGAGAGAGAUUAACGGACUGUUGGUGGGCUUUGGCCAGCAGAUCUGCCUGCCUGUCCGACCACGAUGCCAAGGUUGCCUCAACCAGGCCCUGUGCCCAGCUGCACGGGGACUCUGAAGGCCGUGUCUGUUCUGUGACUUCACUGGGGAGCUGUCGCCUAUUCAAAAUAAAG